AUGGCACUGUAUGAAACUCUCUAUGGAAGAAAGUGCCGAUCACUAAUACAUUGGGAUGAAAUAGGGGACAAAAGGGUUUUAGGACCAAUCGCAGUACCAUGGAUCGAGAAUGCCUAUGGGAAAAUGAAGAUGAUAUGUCAGAGGCUUCAGCCAGUGCAAAGUCGAAAGAAGAGUUACACAGAUAAUCGACGAAAAGAUUUGGAAUUUGAAGUUGGGGAUAAGGUAGUUUUAAAGGUUACACCACUUCAAAGUUUCACAGUGGAAAAAGGAAAGAAACUUCAACCGAGAUACGUGGGACCUUUCAAAAUUCUUCAACGAGUAGGGAAUGUGGCAUAUCGGUUAGAGUUACCAGCGAGUCUAUCCAGGAUUCAUGACAUAUUUCACAUUUCUAUGUUAAAGAAGUAUCAUCCAGACUCCACUCAUGUAUUGAAGCCAGAAGAAAUUGACCUUGACGAAUCUCUGACUUAUGAAGAAAGACCGGUACGGAUCUUAGAUCAAAAAGUAAAGGAAUUAAGAACUAAGCGGAUACCCUUGAUCAAGAUUUUGUGGAGAAAUCAUGAGGUAGAAGAAGCUACUUGGGAAGUGGAAGAGGAAAUACGAGCAAAGUAUCCUGAGCUAUUCAGUAAUCGGGUGAGAAUUUCAAGGACGAAAUUCUUUUAA